GUUUACCGCGUUGAAUUAUUGUGUUUAUAAUUGAUAACGUUAUUGGUACUAUUUGUAUUUUUUUAAAUUGUUCAUCUAAUCCAGUUUUUGUUGACACAUUUAUUUAAUAAACACAUGUCAUUUUACUUGUUAAGUCAUGGCAGACACACAGGCCAACAGCACUCUCGGAGAUCUCUUGGAAAGUAUAAGGGAUUAUGAUCUGAACAAGAGGACCUAUGCUGCAAUACUUAAACACUUAGAGGCAGAAAAUCGCCUUAAUUCAUCAGAUUUUGAAAAACUAUUAAAACUCUGCCUAAAUGAAUACAACAAAAAAAAUAUAUUUGCCAUUUCAAGCUUAAAAAUCUUAUUAAGUAUUUUAAAGAAAGUAGACAAGGAACACAACAAUUCAUCAGGAUUAUUAGCAUUAUUAGUAGCAGUCUUGAAUAAUCUCAAAACAAAUGCCAGUCUUGUUAAAAUAACUGCUUUAAAAGCAUUAUGUUUUGAAAUUGUUUUAUCAUUUCCUGAUAAAUGUUUGAUAACGGCAGUAGAUGAAUAUGCCAAUGAAUUUUAUAUUGUUAUGGAACAAUAUAGCCUGGAAUCAUCAGUUGAACUAGUAGAACAAAUUAUAAUAUUAACAUUGAAACUGUUACAAAUUUUGCCUGCUGCAAAAAAAAGGAAAUUUAUUGGAGAUGGGAUAAAUACCUGGUUUUCAAGCCUCAUACCAACUAUUUUUAACAUAGCAAAAGAUAACUCUUCAGGAUUAAAUGCAGCACUGGAGUUAUUAGGGGUUUUAUCAAAAGAACUUCAACCAGAGGACUAUGUUGAAAAUAAACAUUUUAAGACUUUCCUCUCAAACCUACCUUCAGAAUAUGUGUCAAUAAUCUGCAAUAUAUUAAAUGAAGGCAGAGAUCAUUGGGCUCCCCUAUGGAUUGCUAUGAUCAAUCUAUUGAAAGUUAACAUAACGGCUUCCACCCUCAAUGCCUUGUUACAAGUGGCAGAAAAUGCUUUCAAAAACAACCCAAAGAACAGAAGUUUGGCAUUCGAGUGCUGGAACUAUUUUAUAGAUAAUUUUUCUUCACAGAGUCAAAGAAUUUUAAACAGAAGAAUUAAGCUUCUCGCGGUUCCUCUUCUUUCUUUCAAUGCCAAGUUCGAGGAGACUGCUUUUGCAAAACUCGGCACUUGGUGGCAUUUUAUCGUCAGACUGUAUGACAAAUGUGACCUUGUAACCGACUACAUUCAACCGUUUCUGACGUUUUGCUUUGGAUCUCCGCCGCCGUCGAACCAACAGCCGGCUCCUGGAAUGUUUUCCAGACGCACUAAGAUGGCGGGCCUCCAAGCUUUCGCAAAUAUUCUGGGCCCCUGCGAUUGCCCCUUCCCCGACGAAUUGGAAAGAUUACAGACGGCAGUCAUCACGGGAGAACUUUUAGUCAAAGAAAACAAAAAUUUGUUACACUACUUCAGUGUCGCUUUAGACCUUUGCGUGGAAUUGGAAUCGGAAGAAGGGAAGGGGUAUUUGAUAUGUGCUUGGAAGUCAUUGUUACUUAAAAUAUGCGGUCUCCCGAGCGAAACGUUCAGGAGAGAAGAAAUGUUCAAUGAACUGUUAGACGUUUUAGCGAAAUCCCUUCAGAAAUGCUGUUUCAACACUUCCGAAAUAAUCAUCAACGAAUUGAUUCCCGCUCUUUUUGAGCUCGACGAGGAAACGGCGACAGCGCUCGUGGGCGGCGAGGCCGGCGUCUUCCGCAGAAUUCAAGACAUCUUGGCGGAUUCUUGCAAUAACAAUUUUUAUUUAAGUUGUGACGUCGACAAAACGUCGAAAAAGAUAGGAGCGUUCACGGAUUACGCCACGCGGAACGGCGAGAGAGUGGGUUUGGACAAUUCACUCGAAACGCUUCCGAGUUCGGAAUCGGGAGUGCUCUUGUGGACUUGUUACGUGGAAUCCACGAUUAAAUAUAGAUAUUUUUCAAACUCUCAAUGGAUCGUCGCCCUCGUGAUGUGGCCGAUCAAGCAAAACAUUAUCUCAAACAUAGAAAAAUAUUCGGCGACUUGGAUCACUUUUUAUGACCUUCUCGACGAGGAGAACGUAACAAAUGAAUCGAACACGAAGAUAACUCACUCGGUCAACGACAAACUGUUGUUGUUCCUGUCGGGCAACCGAUCGGCGACCACGCCUCUCAGGCUGACGAGCGUCGUCUCCUUGAUUAAGCAGGAUUUAAACGAGAGAGGAGCGAGCCUUCGGAAACCGGAGCAUUUGACCCUGAAAAUUCUGUCGAAGCAGAUGAGCGACGAACUCAUCAGUCCCACGAUCUAUUGGCAUCUGCUCGACUGCCUGAAGGCGCUCAUCGACGUGUUCGUGCUUCACAAAGACGUCGUCGAAGUCAAAAAGUUGCUGCUCGUCGCGAACACUACUCUGAAGGUGACGCCGAAGAUCCUGUCGACCCUCAAGGCUGAAGAUACCGAUUCGCUUCGUCGCGUGGAAUGUUUCUUGAAAAGUAUUCACAAUCUAAUAAAACUAAACGAAUACUCGAAAUUGAGCGUCAUCAUCGAGGAAGGAAUGAAACGGGUCGCGACCCAUUUGGCAGGUCGGACGUCGGUGCUGUCGAAUCCCGUGAAAAUCAUAUUUUCUUCCUUGAUUUCACACGAAGACAGAGUGAUCAAGAGGCUCGUGAAGAAGAUGUCGCCGGACGACGAGGCCAAAGAGACGACCAGAAAGUCGACGAACUCUAAAGACGGUAAAAAGAGUGUGAACAUCGUGAACACGGUGGUCGAAAACGGAGAGGCGUUCGUCCGGAUCGAAAGCAAUUGGAAAUUUAAUCCAAAAAAAUUAACAGAGCAUCAGAAGGAACAGUUUCAGAGAAAGCGCGAAGAUAUUCCCGCGCUAUAUCAAGAUUUGUCUCAGUCGCAAGACGAAAUCAAACUGAGGACGUGGAAAGCCGACCCCACCGAAACGACCUCUUCCAGCAAAUCCUUCGGAUCCUCCGCCGCCGACAACGUCACGCGGACCGACCCGGCCGUUCCCGAAGUGGUGAAACCCAACGUAUCAGAGUCGGCCGCGCCUAACAAUUCGGACAUCGCCAAAGUGACCCCGAAGAUCAAAGACUCCAACUCUCCACGAGUUCUUCUCAAAGAUCGAGUGACUCGUAACGUUAAGAAUUUAGCGGAGAAAUCCUGUUCGAGAAAAGACGGCGUCAGCCAACUGGUGGUGGUCUGCGAAAAGUUGUCGCCCAUGGCGCCCACCGUGGCGAAACCCAACUCUGAGAACGCGCUCGACUCGGCCGCGUCGGUCUCUUCGACGAAAGAGCAAAUCUGCUCGAACGACAACGUCGCCAAUUCGAAGUCGCCUCUGCCCAUUGCGGCCGACCGACCCUCGCGUAAAAGAAAGCCGCCAAAUAAAUAUAUCAAUGCGAAGAUUUUUGGAUUCACAAGAAGGUCUAACCACAGCACCAAUUCCGCGGAUUCGAUACGGAAUUCUGACCCGUCGCGAAAGAGCUCCGACGACAGUUUAAAAUUGGCAGACGAAACUUCCGGUUUCACCGAUAAAGACCCGUCGCUCGACACCGAGGACGCGCCCCGCGGAGACAAGAGAGAGGUCGCCACGCCGAAAACUGUGAACCAGAGAAACGCAAAGGAGAGCGGCUCAAAGUCGUUUAAAAAGAGUGGCUCAAAGGAAUCACGCAUCAAGAGACUUCUGGCUAUAGAUAUGGUGAAACCGACGGUUUCGAUCGUACGAAUCGACCAAGGCUGUUACGCCACGAGGAACAAAUCCAAAAUGACCCCGGCCAAAAGCACCGACGACGAAGCUGCGACGGAAUGUCGUCCGGCCCCGGACCCCGCCUCCCAAGACGUCAUCGAGAGCUCGCAAGACUCGUCGGUCCCGGCCGUCUCGGUCGUUACGACGAAGAACAGCGCGAACAGAGCGACGUUGUCUCCUCGUGACGAAGAUAGACGUAUUUCGGAUUUCCGGGACAGCUUCGAAGACACCUUGUUGCUGAGCGACGACGAGCGCGACAGCGACUUACCCGAAAACGCUACCGUCCCCGGUCCCAACCUUUCGGCGGAACGAGCGGACUCCGAGGUCUUCGUCGCUCGGACCGAUUUGACGGAAGCGUUAGACACGGAACCCGCGGAUACACAGUGUAUUGCACAUAUCGACGACGGAUUCGGUCCGUCCGAGACUAAUCACUGUUUAGAAUCGAGUACGCAGGACACUGCCGAGGCCGACACUAAACCCGUGAAUUUCACGAUUGACAUAAUCAAAGAGGAAGUUAACGAAUCGUUUUCUUUAAAAGAAAACGAAUCGAAGAAACCGUGCCCGUCGAAUUCCACGAAACACAUCGGCCACGCGGACGCAGAAGUCGCGAGCGCUCCGUUCGUGUCUUCCGUCGACGCGCCACCGACGGCGCAGUCGACCGAACCCGAACCCUCCGAGAGGCGAGACGAGGCCUCUUCUCCUCUCGAAGACGACGAGCGGAGGAGAAGGGACUUCCUGGACGACACUCUGGAUAUAUCUCCGAUCGGGACGAUGAGUCCUCUGAUGCGCGAGAGGACGCCUUCGCCGGAGACGAGCGGCGAUUACGUCGUCGUAAAUCUCACGUCUUCGGUCCUGCUAAACGGAGAACCGGCGGAUCCGGUCGAUUCCCCUGAAGUUUUCACGGAGGACAAACUCUCGCCGGACGCGGGACAUCCGUCGCCUCCCAGAGGAGAGGCGGCCGGGAGCGAGGGCGGCUCCGGCUCGGGAUUUUCUCUGAGGAGGAAGCCGCGAGUGCGGCCGGCCGGAAGGGCGGCGCAAAUGCUGGGCCUCUGCGUCGACGACGCGGACGUGCCGUCGCCGGACGAGACGUCGAGGUCGACGGUGAGGAAUCUCAAGAGGCUCGCGGACGUCGGCAGCUCCGACGAGGCCGACGACGGCGAGCCCUUCCUGCGGCUGGGGCGCGUGUUGCCCGCCGUCGACAGCAGCCCCUGCGGCCCCAUUCUGAAGAGAAAGCGCGCCGUCAUCGCCGAAGACUCCACGCCCUCCCCGGCCGGCAAGGUAGGCCUCCGACGUCGCUCCCCGGACUCGUCCGUUCGACUCUAUCGAGACCGCGAUGUCUGUUUUCAGAGGAAACGCGUCAGCUUCCACGAUCCCCCGGUGUCCACGUCGGUCUGCGUGAAGAAGUACAUCGACCCCUGCGCGCUCCGCUCCCCGCAGGGCGCGUCCCGACGGCCGGACAGACCGGACGGGUCGCUCGUCCGCCUUCUCGGCCAGAGCCCCGCGUCUCAGAGGCGGCUCGACAAGAUUCUCGCCAAAACCGUCGAGAGCAUCCUCUCGGGGUCGUCCGACGUCUCGGACGCGCCCUCCGGACGGACGCCGCCCGCCGAAACCUCGGACCCGAGCGACAUCGGCGACCGAUCGACCGAAUGCGAAGGCUCCGUCGAUAUCGUCGCCUCGGAUCCGUCCUCGCCGGAGAGGCCGCUUCGGACCCGAUCGGAAGUCGACCCGCGGAAGGCCGACGAGGGAAUUCAGAGCGACGUACCCGAGGUCGCGUCGGCGUCCUCUCAGACGGACGACGAGUCCCGCUCGGGGCUAACGUCCCAGACGAAUCCGGACGUCGCUAUGGCCUCGGACGAGAGAGGCCCGGAUGCUUUGAGCGCGACCUUCGUCCGGGGACUGCUGCGAGACAAAGAGAAAAUGGCAGAAUUCGUGGUCAGUUUGCUCCGAGAGAGCUUCGAGACGAAAGACGCCAUCGCCUUUUGGUGCGACAUCUUGAAGACGAUCACCGACGGUGCUUAGACUUUUGGGAAAAUUCAUGCGCGACCGACAAUUAAACAAAUAUUCUUAUUUCAUAAUUUUAAUAUCAAAAUAAUAUAUUUACAGUUUUCAGUCGGCGUUUAGGCAGAAAAUGCGGGUAAUUUUACAAAUUAAACUCAUUCGUGCGGGCCUUUAUAUGCUCCACGAGUCAAAGGUACAUGGCAUCGAAAUUUAUCACAAAAUGUCAACCUUUAAAUUAUGUAUAUAUUUACAAAAUCGACAUUACGACAGACCCACCGAGAUAUAUAUUGGAAUAAUAUAGCAACUGUAUUUUAAAAUAUUAUAAUAUUAUUGUAAAUAUUAAAAUGUGAGUCGACUUUCGAACGUCACCGGUACGUUGAUAAGGUAGCUUAAGGUACAAAUUGACGAAAUAAAUUAUAAAAUUGA